CUGUCGCGUUGAGCCACGUGUUUCAGUGCGUUAGUGAAGUGUGUUGCUUCAGUAGUUCAGUUCAGUCUAGUGUGCACUGUUCAGUGUGCCAUUGGCAUUGACGUGGGGAGUAAGUGCCGCGAAAAUGAGUAUACCCGGAAAAGAGGUGCAAAAUGGUGUUUACGAGUUCGACUAUAUGCGUGCACCAGAUACUAGGACUAAAAAGCAAAUCUUUUUGGAUGCCCUAUACAACCCGACAACUAAAGCUAUUCUGGGCCACACAAAACGUGAAUGGGGUAGAACCGUACUCUUCUACACCAUCUUCUUGAGUUGCCUUGCAGUAUUCUUUGCCAUUUGCAUGAAGGGGUUAUUAGCAACACUCAGCGAACACAGACCAACAUACAUACUCGAUAGCAGUGUUAUAGGAACAUCACCCGGUAUGGGAUAUCGACCGUUGCCUGCAAGCAUAACUAGAGAAAUGAUCAUCUCCUACGAUUCAAAAAAUGUGACUGACAUGAACUCCUGGAUCAAACGUAUCAACACAUUUCUAGAAAGCUACCAUAACUCAUCGCUACUACCAGGUGGCGGACGUAAUCAACAAAUUUGUGAUUACAACCAGCCACCAAGAACAGGAAAAGUGUGUAUGUUCGAUGUCGACAAUCUGGGUCCGUGUUCAUAUGACAAAGGCUAUGGCUUUGUCCAUUCGCAACCAUGUGUUUUUAUCAAAUUGAAUAAGAUAUUUGGAUGGAUACCCGAUCACUACAACGACUCGAAGGAUUUUCCGAGCCACAUGCCACAGAGCGUUAAAUCACACAUAGAGAAUAACAUCAACUCUGGCCGGAGUAAGACCGUGUGGGUAUCUUGUAAGGCUGUCCGUGAAAAAGACGCUUUGAUAGAACAAGUGAAAUACUACCCAGAAGUGCAAGGAUUCCCUGGAUAUUAUUAUCCAUAUGAAAAUCAGGAAGGGUACCUCAGUCCUCUCGUAGCUGUGCAGUUCAUCAAAUUUCAGACGAACACAACAAUCAAUGUGGAAUGCCAGGCUUGGGCGAAGAAUACAAGAUCUGGCAACCAAUCCGAAGACAAGGCCUAUCGAGUACGUUUUUCGUUACGCGUGAAUGUUUAACUUAAUAUUUAUAUCUUUCCCUUUUACCGUACUAGAGAAUCACUUCCUGGAAGUUCAAUAGGAACAAUCUACUAAAAACUGACAAACAUGAUGACAAAUGUUUGGAUCGUGAGAGAAGCGUUAUUGUCUGAUUAUUCUUACAUGUAAUUAGAAAAUAAGUAUUUAUAGUCUGUUUCUGUACUUAACUCUUUUAGAUCAAAUAGUAUUCUUUUACAAAAAAAAAAAAGAUUAUCAAAUGAGAUUCACUUUUUGCGUUCGAUCUGAAAAAUUUAAUUAUCUCGGACAAUCGUUACGGUAGAAACAGCCCAAUUGGCAAAACAAUGGAAGACACCUGUACCACAUGUUUACGACUUGAAAAAAACGUUCUAUGCCUGUGUCGUAAAGAUAUCUUUUAGACAUUUUAAUGUCGCAAAGAUGUCUUUACGUCAUUUUUAUGACAUGGAAAUACGACACGACGUCAUAAAGAAGUCAUAAAGAUGUAAAGCCGUCUUUAAUUUUUUUGCCGACUGAGAGACAAAGAUAAUAAGUUAUAGACUAUGUCCUAUAGUUAUAUAUAGUAAGUUAUAUGUAUAGAUAGUAUCUAAUUAUGUAACUGGACCAGGACGAAAAUCAAAGUAAAUAUUCAUUGUUUUAGAAAGUGAUCAUUUCUUUCAGGAAUCAUUUAAUCAUCCAUAGAAAUGUUAAAAUAAAAGUGAUAAGAAAUCAAUCUACAAGUCUUGUAGGUACCUUUCAUUUGAGGAGAGUAUCAAUCCAAACAAAACAAAAAGCAUACCUAAAGGAUCUUUGGUUAGGAUUCUUGAGGAAAGCAUUCAUGUUCAAUCAAACCGGUUUCAACUGGUACUCACGACCGUUCGGUUAGAAGUAACAUAAAUUUUGAGAGAUUCAGCAAUGGCGUAACAAUCCUUUAUAGUUUUUAGGUUCAUUCUCGUAUGCGCUCAUUACUAUGUCAUCCCUUAUCAUUGAAAUAUUAAUUAAGGCUUCCAUACAUUAUAAUAUAAUUAUAUCUUGCCACAGUAUAUACGCAAUUGUACAAAACCUGAAGAUUUUCGUCAAAGAGAUUUUGACAAAAAAUAAAAAUGUAAUUACACAUAUGAUCUUAUAUACAUUGCUUCUUCUGAUAGCCAAAAUUGUAUUUCUAGUCUUUUACAAGCGCUUACUUGAUACAUCUUAGGUUAUUUGUGUAUUUUUUAAAUGUGUAAAACAGUGGAAUAUAAUUUUUUUUUUAAUUUUUAGAUAUCUCAUGAUGCACAAUUUUAAAAUAAAAUGUCAUUAUACCUUUUCUUUCUCCUUUUUAAUUCGUCUUAAUUAUUCUUAACAACUAUUUCUUCAUGUUUUUAUAUCAUCAAUCGAACACAUCAAACGAAUCUCAGAAUUACCCUAGAUAGUACAACAAAUUCCGUGAAAAGAGUGACGCCAAAAUAGGCGGUUUUUAGCCUAUUUUUUUGGACCUCGCUAGCGACCUGAAGAACAAAUAUAUAAGUAUGUUACAUGUAUCAAAUGACUCCUCCUUGAAAACCAAAGUGAGCAUCGCUUUUUUUAAAGAGAAAAUUGCAAAAAGUUACCCCCACUUAGGGGUUGAGAAGCCCAGAAAAAAUUAAAAAAUAGGAAAUACCACUAAUUAUAAAAUCAUUUCUCACAUCAACCCACUAUCAAUCCAAAAAAUACGUGAUUUUACUUUUGUAAGGUUUAUUUUAUGGAACAAAUACAAUGAAACUUGAUUUUAUAAUUAGUGUUAUUUCCUAUUCUUUAAAUUUUUGGGGGUUUUUUCGUACCCUAAAUAGGGGUAAUUUUUUGAAAUUUUUAUAAACGAAUAGCAAUGCUUAUUUUGGUUUUCAAUUACGAGUAAUUUGAUACCUGUAACAUAUUUUUAUAAUUUUUCCACAGGUUGCUAGAGAGGUCCAAAAAAUAUAGCUAUAAAACUAUAUAGCAACGCAAGGUUGGGAAUAUCCAGGGUGGCCACUAUGUUUUAAAUUUUUGUCUCCCGGAUUUCUUCCGGUUCUCCCAAUAAAUAUUCCUGAUUUCUCCCGGUUUGUAAAAAAAUUAACUCUUUUUGCGAAAUCCACAGAUUUUUCACAUAUAUUAUCAAGGCUUGGCCGUUAAAGAGCUGAACCAAUUUUUUACUACAAGGUUUUAAAUAUUUUUGAAACAAUAAUUAAUAAUUUCGGAUUUCAAGUGUCUGAAAUGUAAAAAAAUAGAACGAUUUGGACAAUUUUUUAAGAAAAAGGAGUUGAAUUUUAUACUUUCUAAAUCGAAAUGCUAAAAAUAAAACAAUUUUAAUUUGAUUUGGAGAAUCACGAAACUAGCAUGAUUGCAUAUUAAAAUUUCGAAAAUAUGACAAUGUCAAAACGUUAAAAAUGGAAUAUUUUCAGAUUAAAAUGUCUCAAAUAGUGUCAUUUAAAAUUCAGAGGAAUAGUAAUUGUAUUCUUUAUCAUUAGAAGUGUUCGAAAUUAAAUAAUUAAUGAUUGAGAACUUUUAAAUUUGAGUUAUUUAAAUUCAAAGCGAUUAAAAUUUGACAAUUUAAUAUUGAAAACUAAAUCGAAUCUUUCAAAGGUAACGCUUCUGAAAUUCUAGAAUUGUAAAUUUCCAUUACAUAAUAAAAGUACUAUUUAACAUUGAAACUGAUUAGAUAACUUUUUCUAAAGUGAAAAAUAAAUUGAAUUUUUCUUUUAAGAAAACCUUUCGAAAUAGAUCGUAAUUUUAAAUGGGAAACGUUGAAAAUGAAAAAAAAUUUCUACUCCCGAACGUUGAAACUUAAACAAACGCGAACUUUAUUUAAGACUGAAAAAAAUUUUAGUCGCCAAAAAUUGGGAUAUAAGAACUUUUUUAUACCAUACCCUUUUAAAAAUUCAAUUCUUUGAAGUAAAUUUAAAUCGCUUAACAA